AUCACCUUUGCGAAUUAUUCCCUUCUCUCCUCAGUCGCAGAGUCAAAUCAGGCCAGGUUCAGAACGAAACCACGCGUAUUUUGCAAAACAAAUCUGCCUGUCUCUGAAUAUGGAUCUCUUUACCAUCGAUACAACGGGUGAUUCCGGAAAUACUUCUAACGUUUCGCGACCGAUAUUAUUACCCAGCAAUAGUCGCACUAUUUUGGCCAGUUCCAAUUUACAGAAACAGCAGCAGUCAGACAGUGAGGAUGAUGAUGACGACGAGGAUUAUGGAGGACUUCCUCCUCCAAGUCGGGAUAUAUUCGAAAUUUUGGAGAAUGAUAAUUCGAUCACAAACAUAGCGUCCAGUGGUCCUACAUUUAUUAAUAAAUAUGUUCCGAAGGAGGCUCGCUACACGAAAGGAAACGCGGUAAAAGAACUUGCCGUCACCAAUGUGAACCAAGAAAUGAAAUCCGCCGUCAUGACACCGGCCAUUGAGAAGCAAGAAAAUUUGGCUGUUCUUUCGAUGACCGACCGGAAAAUUAAGGAGUUAAACAAGAAAGAGCGGUCAAAAACAAAGGGCAAAAACUGGUUCAACCUUCCGGCUCAGGAAAUGACUAAAGAGGUGAAAAACGAACUCGAACUGAUUCGGAUGAGAGCGGUUUUGGAUCCUAAACACUUCUACAAGCGCAGCGAGUCGAAGACCCUCCCAAAGUAUUUCCAGAUUGGCAAGGUAGUCCCAUCGCCCCUUGAUUACUAUAAUGAGCGAGGAAUCAAGAAGACCAAAACGAAAACUCUUGUGGACGAGCUCCUGGAAGAUGCUAAAUUCCAGAAGUACAACAAAAGGAAAUAUGCAGAGGCACUUGAAAAACGUAAAAAGAAGGCCUACCACAAAGCUGCUAUUAAAAUGAAAAAGUUGAAGAAAAAGAAGAAUUAAAUAAGUUUUUUUUUUUCAUUUGUUAAAUAUCA